AUGGAGCAGAUGACAGUGUCAUUGAGCCAUGCUCUGGACGAGGAGGUUGUUGACAAAGUAGUGUAUUUGGCAACAGCGCAAGGAAGUAGUCUGUCCACUUCUGCUGUAGAAGAGAUUCAGAAGGCUAUGGAAGUGAGCUUGCAACAUCCGGAACAGUCGGAGGGGGUUCAGGAGCAAAAGCCUGAAGGAAUCAAAGCUGCUCUUACUAGAAGCAUACGCACCCUAACCGAUGAGAAUGUUUAUAGUCUUUGGGAGACGAAGUCGACAAGCGAAGUAGUGGAACUUAAGGCUAUGGAAGUAAGCUUGCAACAUCCGGAACAGUCGGAGGGGAUUCAGGAGCAAAAGCCUGAAGGAAUCAAAUCUGCUCUUACUAGAAGCAUACGCACCCUAACCGAUGAGAAUGUUUACAGUCUGUGGGAGACGAAGUCAACAAGCGAGGUAGUGGAACUUGUAAAUACACUGAAAUUACUGGAAAGUGUAGCUCUGGAUGCCUUUGAGCCAACAGAGGCUGCCACAGAAUUGGUCAAACAGCUGAGGAGAGAAGAACCAGAACAACUUCUGGUGAAGAUUCUUACUGAGAUAGAGAGAAUUUCCGUAAAAAGGAUAUUCUACGACUCAAGAACUCAUUGGGAAACACAUUUGGAAGGAAAAGGACCACGUGCGGAAACCCUUGGCCAACUUUCAGAAUACCAGCGCUCAAAGGCUUGGGAAACUGUAAGGGAACAAGGACGAGAACAGGCUGAGAUAGCCCUUACUAAAUACCAGCGCUCAAAGGCUUGGGAAACUGUAAGGGAACAAGGACGAGAACAGGCUGAGAUAUCCCUUACCAGUGGAGUACUCGAAGUUGAAUUGGAUAAGCAUGAGGAGACUAGUAAAUCCAUAGAAAGUAGCAGAAAGCUAGCUGUACAGACUACAACUGCAGCCGCUACAGAAGAGAAUGCUGAAGUCAGAAUGGAUCUUGUACAGUCAAAAGACGACAUUGUAGAUAUAACAACCAGUAGACAAAUUCCAGUUACCGUAACCACUUCCCUAAUUGGUCAAGCAAGCACUGCUAGUGAAAUCGCCACUGAUCUCGCAAUCAAUAUUCCCGAACAAAAUGUAGCUUUAGACUUCACGGCAAAGGAUCGUAUCAUUGUGGAGGAUGCUGUGAAGGCUAAAGAAAUUUUGGAGGAAAAUGCGCUUAGCAGUUGGCAAACAGUGGAGAAAAGCGCAUCUAGUGAGAUUACCUUAGGUGCAAAAGCAAAAGAACGCGAUCAAAUGCAAAGUACAAUGCAGGCGAGCAAAGAGACAACAAUAGAAGCUGAGCAAAACUUGUCAAGAGUCCAACAGCAAAGCGUCGAAAUGCAAGUUAAAUCCGUAGAAAAGCAAAGUGACAGCAAACAAUUCCAUGUUGAGAGCGAAACCGAGCAAUUCCACCUAGAAAACAAACAAAUCAACGUAGCCAACGAAUUCGCAAACAUUCCAGACGUAUCCAGAACCACUACCACCUCAACAGCACACGAAUUCGGGUCUGAAGUCACGGGUACCCUUGGCUCAUACGGGUAUCUACAACCGAAAGAAGAGCAGCAGGCCACAGCUGAGUCGACAAUUACCCUGGGUCGACUGCUGGUAGGAGACAAGACUCUACCUGCGUCAAAGCAAGAAGUAUUGGAGCUAAGCGAAGAGUUCAGAAUGGAUGCCAAGACAGGUACGGCUGAAAGUACGAAAUUCACGAGAGUUGUGGAUCGAUCAGCCAUGGCUACGAGAGCUUCACAGGAGGAGAAGACUAUCAAAACGGUGGAAUACUAUCAAAGAGAGCAAAGAUAUAACAUAGGAGCAACUGAGGUCGAAAAGCUGAAGCUACAAGCCGGAGAAUCUAUGAAAGAAGCAGGUGACGAAGCUGUUUAUGGAAUCUGGAAGACC